GUUUGCUGGAGUUGCUAUAAUAUUUAGCCGCCUCCUGCCUGUCACUUCGUCAGCUCCCGCGCAGCGUCAGCGCCUCCGCAUCCGCGCUCCAGGUGCUCGACGAGAUGCCGAAAAGAGCCUUCAAAUACGCUGUGGUCGAUGCGUUCACGGACGAGCCGUUCAAGGGCAACUCCGCGGCCGUCUGCCUCCUGGAGGAUGGCGCCGGCGACGGAGGAGAGCCUGUGGACGAGCGGUGGAUGCAGGCGGUGGCGGCAGAGUUCAACACCCCAAUCACCGCGUUCUUGGUCCGUUCCGGUCCCACAGGGGCCGGCGGCGGCGGCGGCGCUGCAGGGUGUGGCGCUGCCCAGUUCCGUAUCCGCUGGUUCACUCCGAUUCGUGAGAGUGAACUCUGUGGGCAUGGAACAUUAGCUGCUGCACAUUACUUGAUAGCAUCUGGCCUUGUGGAGUGUGAUGCUAUAGAGUUCGUAGCAAAAUCUGGACGUCUAACAGCUAAGAAAGUCACUGUAUCGAACGAUGCAAGUCCUUCUGCAGAACAUUGCUCAAAGUUCAUGAUAGAAUUGGAUUUUCCUGUUAUCCCGGUGGCAAAGUGCAAUUCUGCAGAGAUAUUACCAAUUCCUGAUACUUUUAAUGGAGCUUCGGUUAUGAAUAAGCUGCAAACUGUCUCUGCUUUCUCUGAUCUCAUUGUGGAAGUUAGUUCGUGUGAUGAAGUUGGUAAUGUUUGUCCUAACAUUGCUGAGUUAGUCCAGUGUCCUGGAAGAGGCGUCGCCGUUACAGGCCCAGCUCGUGAAGGAUCGAGUUAUGAUUUUGUCACACGUUUCUUCAGCCCAAAAUAUGGAAUAAAUGAGGAUCCAGUAUGUGCUAGUGUACACUGUUCCUUGGUUCCUUACUGGGGCAAGAAGCUAGGGAAAGAAAACAUGAUAGCCUUCAUGGCCUCCCCAAGGACUGGAACACUGUAUCUGCAAUGGGAUGAGGAAGCCCAGAGAGUCCGAAUCCGAGGAAAAGCUGUUACUGUCAUGGUUGGCACCCUUCUUGCCUAGAGUCAGUUGCUGCUUGAUCAUUAAAAAAAACUGUAAUUGGGCCCAGGAACGUAAGUACUCUGUUUAGUGGGGGAACAUUUAAUUUGGUUCCCCUGUCCAACUAUGAAACCUGAAUAUUUCAAGGUAAAUGGCCUAUGCAUGCAUGGAUGAAGACCAAAUAGAAGAUGAAAACCCUGAAGGUUUUUCUUUGAAAAAGAUGUUAGGAGUUUACCCUAAUCUGUUGGGAUGGAGAACAAUCAACUACAACUGAGUUCGUCAAUAACAUAGAAGUUUACAUGGUUCAUAAUAGUACAUGUAACUUGGAUUUUCCAUUUGAGUUACUUGUCUUGCCAAAUUGUUUGUUUC